CUGGCGGAGCAGAACUGCCCAGCCCUGACCGCCUCCCCCACCAGAGCCCAAACCAGCCUGUCCGGUUUGGGAAGCCCGCCCCAUUUGGCUUCUCUCUGGGUGGUUGCCUGACAGGUGCUCCACCUUGAUGGGGGAGGGGGUAGCCUGGGGUCUGGGACCUCUGGAGCUCCCUCUCGACCUGCCCUGCUGAGGCCCCGCCCCUUGCUGGAAGCCCCUGGCUCAGGGGGCAGGUAGUGGACAGAAGGGUGUGGUAGGUGGUAUUUCCAGGCCCUCUGAGCCAGUCGGUCCUCCCCCAGUCCACGUGAUGAGGUCGUGGAGGAGGUGGCUGUGGGGGCAGCAUGCUGGGGAGACCAGGGGCAGUGGGAGGAUACAGGUGUCUCUGUCCACCUGCCCGCCCAGGCCGCUUACUCUGUUCUCAGUGGGGCACCUGCCCGGGGCCCAGGCAUCUGUUGGAACUCAGUCACUGCCGCUCACAGGACCUCACAGGACCCCCAUCAGGGAGCAGUGCUACUGGGCUGACAGCCCCGGGGCAGGGAGUUUUGCUCCGUUUGUUCACAGCUGAAUUCCCAAGGCCUCCCACAGGCUUGCCUGGUCUGUGCGGGAGCUCAGCAGUUGUGUGCAUGGGUGGUGGGGGGCAGACAAGUCAGAGACUGUGACGGCCUGAGGGGCAGCCAGGCGUGGGGUGCAGGAGGGGCCUCAAGUGGGGCCGCGGGGGGAGAGGGAGGAGCCAGGCAGCCCCAAUCCCUGUCCCCCAAGUCCCUGUCCUUGGAGAGACAGAAAGAAAAGCAUUUCUCACAGUGAGCUCUGCCCUGGGCCGGAUCUGAGACGGGAGGAGGUGUGCGGCAGAGGCGGGGCGGCAGCACAGGCGCUUCUCGCUUCUCCAUUCCCUCUCUCUGAGCUUUUCCUCCUGUUCUGGAACGGGGCUUCUGAGCCAGCUCGCCUCAUGCUUAGAGUGGCUGCUUUAGGUCACAGGUACUGGGGUGAUGGCCCGCCUAGGAAGCCCGCCCCCUGACCUCCCUGCUGGGUGCCUUGUGCAAGCCACUCAGGCUCUCUGGGCCUCAGUUUUCUCUGUUGUAAAAAUGGGCCUGAUGAAGCACCUGCCCCUUUAGGGCGGUGGUGAGCUACCGCGUGUCAGUGCUCAGAGCAGGACCUGGCCCAGAGGAAGUUCUCCGGGAAGUUGGGCCACUUCUUUUCAGAAGGGUCAGUUACACCCUGGCAAGGCCACCAGCAUGGCAUGCGGAAGUCCCAGCCCUCCCCGCCUUUCUGUCCCCAGUUCCCACCACCCUCAUCUCCCGGCUCCACUUUCACACCCAGAGAUGGUGAUGGUGGGGGUUCGCUGUGAUCUCCCCCUGGUGAGACCCCAAGUCUCAGGUUCAUCCUGGGGGGUGAGUGGGGCAGAGGGGAGAGGCCCCCUUCAUUGCACCCUCUGGAGCUCUCCUUGGACUCACAGCCUGAGUGAAGGGGGGCGAGGGGAACACAGCAAGCCCCAGGCCUCCGGCCACCCUCUGCAUCAGAGAGGCCACUCACCCCCGCAUCGCUCUGUCCUGCCCCGCAGCCCCAGCCGAUGUUUCAGCCCUCUCAGGCGCUCCACCCCGGGCUGUGCAGCCACGGCUGCCCUGGCCCCUGGCCCCUGGCUCCUGGCCCCCAGCCUGCGUGGGAGUGAGAUGGGAGUGGGGGUGCGUGUGCCUGUGUGGUGGGAGGCUGACCUGCUGAAGUGCGGGCUGUCAUGGAUCCCCUGCUCCUGUGUCCCUGCCCAGCCCCUCCCUCUGGCGGGACAGUUGUGGGCCCUGUGGCCCGGGCUUUCCAGGCUCAGCCCCGCCUCCCUCUGUCCCGCCCUCCGCCCCAGCCAAGCUCAACGCCUUCCAGAGCAGGGCCGCGUCACCAGCCGCUGCCAGGGAGGCUGGGGCGCAGAGCCCAGCCAGCUCUCCUCAGUGGGCGCUCACAGAAAGGGCCGGGAGAACCCCCUGAUCCCAGCUCCCAGCUGGAAGCCUCUCUGCUGGCCUGUCCCACUGCGGGUGGCCCAGGACAGAGGAAAGAGGAUGGUGGAGAUGAGUAACCCGAAGCCCCAACAAGAGACGUCACCUGCCCGAGGGCACUUCUAGCACAACCAGCAUCAAACCAGGCCUGCUGUUAGGAGCGCAAAUUCGUGCCCUCAUCACACAGAGCCUGGCGCCAUGUUCGGGAAGAAGAAGAAGCGGGUUGAGAUCUCAGCGCCGUCGAACUUUGAACACCGUGUGCACACGGGCUUCGACCAGAACGAGCAGAAGUUCACGGGGCUGCCCCGCCAGUGGCAGAGCCUGAUCGAGGAGUCGGCUCGCCGGCCCAAGCCCCUUGUUGACCCCGCCUGCAUCACCUCCAUCCAGCCCGGGGCCCCCAAGACCAUCGUGCGGGGCAGCAAAGGUGCCAAGGAUGGGGCCCUCACGCUGCUGCUCGACGAAUUUGAGAACAUGUCGGUGACACGCUCCAACUCCCUGCGGAGAGACAGCCCGCCGCCACCUGCCCGUGCCCGCCAGGAAAACGGGAUGCCCGCGGAGCAGGCCGCCAUGGCCAGAGGGGGCCCAGAGAAGGCGGGUGGCCAAGGCCGGGUGGCCGGUCGCAGCGAGACGGGUGGCAACAGUGGUGACAGGCGGCGGGCGGGGCCGGACAAGAGGCUCAAGUCUUCCAGGGAGGGCUCAGGGGGCCCCCAGGAGUCCUCCCGGGACAAGCGCCCCCUCUCAGGGCCUGACGUCGGCACCCCCGACCAGCCUGCCGGGCUGGCCAGCGGGGCGAAAGUGGCGGCUGGCCGGCCCUUUAACACGUACCCGCGGGCUGACACGGACCACCCACCCCGGGGCGCCCAGGGGGAGCCUCACAACGUGGCCCCCAAUGGGCCAUCGGUGGGGGGCCUGGCUGUCCCGCAGUCCUCCCGGCCCCCCGCUCGAGCCCGCGGCACCCCCAGCCCAGGCGUGCUGGGCCCCCACGCCUCCGAGCCCCAGCUGGCCCCUCCAGCCCGCACCCCAGCCGCCCCUGCCGCACCCCCUGCCCCUGGGCCCCCUGGCCCUCGAUCGCCACAGCGGGAACCCCAGCGAGUGUCCCAUGAGCAGUUCCGGGCCGCCCUGCAGCUGGUGGUGGACCCCGGCGACCCGCGCUCCUACCUGGACAACUUCAUCAAGAUCGGCGAGGGCUCCACAGGCAUCGUGUGCAUCGCCACCGUGCGCAGCUCGGGCAGGCUGGUGGCUGUCAAGAAGAUGGACCUGCGCAAGCAGCAGAGGCGCGAGCUGCUCUUCAAUGAGGUGGUGAUCAUGCGGGACUACCAGCACGAGAACGUGGUGGAGAUGUACAACAGCUACCUGGUCGGCGACGAGCUCUGGGUGGUGAUGGAGUUCCUGGAGGGAGGCGCCCUCACCGACAUUGUCACCCACACCAGGAUGAACGAGGAGCAGAUCGCCGCCGUGUGCCUGGCCGUGCUGCAGGCCUUGUCCGUCCUCCACGCCCAGGGCGUCAUCCACCGCGACAUCAAGAGCGACUCCAUCCUGCUGACCCAUGAUGGCCGGGUGAAGCUGUCGGACUUUGGGUUCUGCGCCCAGGUGAGCAAGGAGGUGCCGCGGAGGAAGUCCCUGGUGGGCACGCCCUACUGGAUGGCCCCGGAGCUCAUCUCCCGCCUUCCCUACGGGCCAGAGGUGGACAUCUGGUCUCUGGGGGUGAUGGUGAUCGAGAUGGUGGACGGGGAGCCCCCCUACUUCAACGAGCCACCCCUCAAAGCCAUGAAGAUGAUUCGGGACAACCUGCCGCCCCGACUGAAGAAUCUGCACAAGGUGUCACCCUCCCUGAAGGGCUUCCUGGACCGCCUGCUGGUGCGUGACCCGGCACAGCGGGCCACGGCGGCUGAGCUGCUCAAGCACCCGUUCCUGGCCAAAGCAGGCCCGCCUGCCAGUAUCGUGCCCCUCAUGCGCCAGAACCGCACCAGAUGAGGCCCAGCGCCCUGUCCCUGAACCAAAGAGCCCCUUGGGUCACCCCCGCCCUGCCAGAGGCCCGCCGGGGAGCUGCCCCUGCUCCUCCCAGCCCGGGAGACACUCUGCGUGGCACCGCCCUCCUUGCUGCGGGGUGUGCGGGACCCUACUACUGAACUCCAGUUUUGGUUUUGUGACUUUAAACAAACACAGGGACUUGUGGGAGCAAGUGGGGCUCCCAGGAACCCCCGCCUCUGGGACAGGCCCGCCCUGGUGUUUUCCUGUCUCCAGGAGGACAGGCGGCCCUCCCGUCACUGGAAAUCUGCAGUGGGGGCUGUUGGGGGGGAGACAACACUACAGAAGAGGGGUGUGUGUGUGUGUGUGUGUGUGUGUGUGUAUACACAUGCGUGUGUGCGUGCGGAAGGUCCAGCUCCUGUCAUCCCGCCUGUGCGUGGGUGUCUCCGAGACCUCCCCUGACACGCAGCCCCCGCCCCGAGCCGUUGCGGGGGUCGAUCAUGAAUGUCUGAAGAGCGGCCUUCUCCCUUCGCCCCGUGCCCCUUUCCGUGGCUGGAUGGGGAGACGGGGGUCGGGGCUCCCCCCACCCCCAGCCUCUGCAGACCAUGACUACUGCACCUGGACAGCCUCCUCUUUUCUAGAAGUCUAUUUAUAUUGCCAUUUUAUAACACUCGAGCCCCCAUCUGGGGCCAGAUGGGCCCUGUCCCGCCGGGUGGCACUGGGGACAGAACUAUUGCUUGAAGAAUCAGGUUCCUGCCCCCUCGGAGCAGCCCCGCCCUCUCCUCCGUCAAGUUAGUUUUACAAUUAAAACAUUUUCUUGUUUUG